UCACAGGCAUCACGAGGUGCGUCAGAACACCGGGCGGUGGGUGGGGGGGGGGGGGGGGGUGAGAUUGCACUGGCCACCCACUCGCCUGGCAGUGGGUGCUCAGACACUGUUCACCGUUGACAUCUCUCUUGCCCGCACUUCUCUACGUUGACAAGAUGCGGUGGCUUGUCGUGGUGUUGAUGAUGGCCGGUGGAGCCCUGGCCAGGUCCUCGCCGCUGGAACACCUCCCCGGUCUUCAGCUGGGGUCAGAUGAGGACUACUGGGGAAACAGGAAGGCGGUCAUCAAGGGCCUCUGGGACCAGUACACCGUGGAGGCAGCCGACCCGCCCAUAGUAACACACCCCAACCUCAAUGGAGCCAACUUCACUACCAACGUGACUGGGAAGACAAUGAUGACCAUCAACAAUAGAACUAUAUAUGCCUUCCAAGGGAUCAAGUACGGGAUGGCGCCAAAGUCUACCCUUAGGUUCAAGAAAACGGUGCCAGCCGGAGUGUACUGGGAGGGCGACACUCUGGCGGCACACAACAUCGGGUCCAUGUGUCCGCAGAAGGCCAUGUUGGGCAAGGUGGCCGCAGGUGACGAGGACUGUCUCUUCCUCAACGUCUACACUCCAUGGCUGCCGAACGGCACCCUGCUGCCAGUGAUGUUCUUCAUCCACGGCGGCGCCUUCGUCUCCGGCGACUCCUCCCUCUACCUCCCCACCAAGCUCCUCGACCGUGACGUUAUCCUCGUCGUUAUUCACUACCGCCUCGGCUCCUUUGGUUUCUUCAGCCUCGACAAUGUCGAUGCUCCGGGUAACGCCGGCCUCUGGGACCAGAUCGAAGCCAUGAAGUGGGUCCAGGAUAACAUAGAGGGCUUCGGAGGCGACAGCAGCCGGGUCACUAUAUUUGGAGAGAGUGCUGGGUCCGCCUCCGUCAACUACCACCUCAUUAUAAAGGAAUCAGCAGGCAGAGGAUCGUCGUGGGGGAGGAAUGGGGUUCAAGGGCGCCGCCCCCGUCACACAGGGACCCGACGUGCCUGAGCCUCUCAUCACCAAGGAUCCAUAUCAGUCCUUCAUCGACAACGAAGUGCAUGACGUUCCUCUCCUGAUCGGGACCAACAAGCACGAAGGCUCCUUCGUCUUAGGCAUCGUGUACUCGGAGAACCUGGAGGUAAACAACUACACACAUGACAACGACUACUUGCGCAACAAAAUGAUUGAUGACAUCCUCAACGCUUUUGGGGUGAGCGACUACACGGGCGGCAUCUCCGAGUCUCUGGUCGACGCCUACAUCGGCGACACAGACCUGGCUGACUUCCAGGCAGCUGCUCCCGGCCUCAUCGACAUGUGUGGGGUGUUCUUCCUGAAGGCUGGGGCCUGGGAGACGGCAAAGUACCACGCUCGCCUCAACUCCUCCACCUUCUUCUACUCCUUCGACUUCGAGUCUGAUGACACAAUGUUCCGCUGGCUGUUCAUUGGGCAUGCACCCAUGCCAUUCCGCCCAGGUGUGACGCACUCGGACGAACUGAUGUACCUGUUUGGGUUCCCGGCGGUGAUGGAGGGCGCUCAGGUGCUCACUAAGGACCGCAUGGUGCGCCUCUGGACCAACUUUGCCAUAUAUGGUGACCCUACGCCCGAGGAAGACAAAGCCGUCUGGAGCACCGAGCUUGGUAUUCCCAAGUGGGAGCCGCUGGAACCCGAACACCACAACUACCUCCUCAUCCAGGACGCUUGCACCCUGGAGGUGGAGUUCCCAGACAGAUGGCACAUAGCCCGUGAGGAGGCGGAGCCUACGACUACCACCGCCCCGCCUACGACGCCACGCAUGUGUGAGGACUACGAGGGCAUGAAGAAGGAGCGGGAUAGCUACAUGAUAUCCAUGAUUGUCUUCGUGGUGGCCGCUGUCUGCCUGGCUGCCCUCUCUGCUUACUUCUACUUCAAGCUUCGUUAACAUCUGCCUUCUCUGAGCCCACCUUCUGAAAACAUUUACCUGUUGUAAGCCGAGUUAAGAUAACAUCUCCCUGCUGGCAAUCAAGUUAAGAUAACAUCUCGCUGUUGAAAACCGAGCUAAGAUAACAUCUCCCUACUGUGUGUUUAGUCAGUAACGGACGAUGAGCAAAGAUAUAAACAAGAACUUUUGCUAAUAUUCAGAGAAAUAAUAUUUUCAAAAGUGACAAGUAAUUUGUAAUAUUUUAACUAAUUAUUAUGAAGCUGAAAACAUUUGAACUUUAUUUAAUUAUCCGUAUUUACAAAUGAAUUUCAAUGUGACAAUGAUUUUAAUACAAAUUCAUGAAUUACUAUUAACAAUGUACAUAAAAUAGUUUAAGUACAGAAUCAUGCAAAUAAAUGAUAGGACAAAUUUUGGAAGCAAAAUUUCGUCUUUCCUUAGGUGUUGGACACCCGUAGUGUCCAACCACUAGGGGUGGACAGUAGAGCGACGGUCUCGCUGCAUGCAGGUCGGCGUUCAAUCCCCGACCGUCCAAGUGGUUGGACACCAUUCCUUUACCCCGUCCCAUCCCAAAUCCUUACGUUGACCAAACUACACACCAAAGGAUGAGGAGACGACGACGUUUUGGUCCGUCAAGGACCAUUAUCAAGUUGAUUGUCUUGAUAAUCGACCGAAGUCGAUUAUCGACGAUAAUAGUCCAGAACGGACCGAAACGCCGUCGUCUCCUCAUCUUGUGAUGUGUGGUUUGGUCGUCAUGUCUUCAGCCACGUUAUUGUGACUCAUCGUCUGUAUAUAGUUUAUAUUUCCACCUCAUUAACUUAUUUCGACCUCACUUUUUACGCAUGUGCCCAUCGUGCGGACCUGGGGGAGGUAAGGCGUGUGAUUUGGGAAUUCAUAUAUAAGGUGCCACUGUUCUCAUGGGUCACCCAUCCAGUUUCUGGCCAGAGUAAAUGAAAACUAAGCAGAUGUGUUAAUGUCAUCUGGAAUAAGUUAAUUGCAACCAAGACCAAAAGUCAAAGAUCUGGCGAGUUUAAGUGAUAAAACUGUAUGUGCCCCAAGGGUGACCGCAUAGGUGCCAAAGGUGGUCAAACAGGUGCCAAGGAUGGCCACACAGGUGCCAAGGGUGACCAGACGGGCUGUGUGGUAUAAAAUCACGGAACACCAACACUUCUUUCAUCCUAUAAUAUUUAGUGCAGAUAAUUCCAUCAAGUAUCAUCAACAUGACUCACCUCCUGCGUGUAAUAUUGCCAUACAUAGGAGCUGCAGUGCUAACCAGGUAUCAUUGUAACUAAAUACUUAGUGUACAUAUAAAUUGGUCAGUCCAACGAUCACAUUGUAACACCAUAAAGGUGCUUAGUUAAUAUUUCACAUAGUACAUGAGUCAGCCAGACAAAACAGAAUUUGAGGCGCCAGACUGUCGGCCUGUAGUAAUUAAAAAAGUCACACCUAGAGGAGUUAAUGACCACAAGUUGAACAAGGGUCAGGUCGUCUGACUUGACCUUGCUUCAGCUAAGCUGAUAAUUGUAGCCAGGUAGUCGGGUGUGUCCUUGAAACAAGCCGCUGUGUAAGGUGUGGCAGGCAGACGGCCUGAAGCUAUCUACUUAGUAGGCGGAGCUUUACUCCUGGUUCACAGCACCGCUCCUGUGCCAGGUAAGUUACGGGCUCACCAUAGCCCGUGCUACUUGGAACUUGUUCCGAGUAGCUGAAUCUAUACCAACCAACCUACUCCUGGUUCCCGCAUAAAUACCCAGGAACUGUACAUUCGAGCGGAUAGGACAGGAUCAGCAGACAGAAGAGCAUCAACAGACAGCAGCCUAGACAGGCUGUCAGCUGGACAAGGGGAACUCUGCCUGUCAACUGUAGACCUCCCUCCCCCUCUCUCUAUCAAACCUAGUCUUAGUCCUUGGUGAAUUUGGACGUUAAGAUGACUUAUUUCGUGUUUUCCAAACUUAAGGUGUUGUGUGAUUAUCAGGGGCAGUCAGCUGUAGUAGUCUCAAGGUCUUGUGUGAUGUCUCACAUGGUGUAUUAAUCUUGACAUUGUGAACAUAAGUUUAACCGUUUGAAUUGAUACUGUUAAUACUAAAUAUAUAUAAUUGAUUAACUUACUUUUUAA